AUGUGGGAUACGCUGGGGGGUUUCCUAAAAGCCUUUCAUCCGUUCAAGGGGGAGAUUCGGGGAGAGGGCAGGGACGGGGAUGAUGAUGAGGAUGCGGACGUGGAGAGGGGAGGAGAUGAGGAGGAGGAGGAGCAGGAGGAGCAGGAGGAGCAGGAGGAGCAGGAGGCAGAGAUUGGAUUGACAACAACCACUGGCAAGCCGCGAAAGAGAUGA